AAAAAUCUGCAGGAGAAGCCGCAACUUCGAUACACUGAAAUUUCUCCCAGAACUCAACCGCCUCCCAGUCUCCCAGUUGGACCCAGCCAUAAAUUAUCAGAUAACUAUUACUGUUUGAGGGAUGGUCGCCGUGAGUCAGUUCCUCCGGUCAUUAUCUGGUCAUCACAGAAAGCUCUAGUAGCUGGGGCUCAGGCCGACAGCCAAAAAACUAAAAAGCCAGUUGUGCCUGGUCAGCCGGUUAUUUUGGAACUUUCUAAGGACCAGCCGUAUCUGUGAGCUGGAAGCCAGAUGGGUGGAUUGACCCGAGCAGUCCCCUUAUCUACCUUUUGACUGAAAAGGGGUUUAUGGAGAAGCAGCAUACAGAACCCUUGGUGUAUAGCUUUGUGUGGAUGUACAGAUACAAAAUGGAAAAUUUAUUAAAAAAAAUUCUGAUGUAAAUGUGUUCAAUAAACUACCAUU